AAAGAGUGCGGCUAGGGUUUAUGCCUCCUCUCUCCGCAAGUGUUUUUGCCUGAGCCGAAGUUGCAGUGGGAGUGGUUUCUGAGCGAACACCGCCAACAUGGCUAGAGGGUUGAAGAAACAUUUGAAGAGGCUCAAUGCCCCUAAGCAUUGGAUGCUUGACAAGCUUGGAGGUGCAUUUGCACCCAAGCCAUCGUCUGGACCACAUAAAUCCAGGGAAUGCUUGCCCUUGAUCCUCAUUUUGCGAAACAGGCUGAAGUAUGCACUCACAUACCGUGAAGUCAUUGCUAUCCUGAUGCAACGACAUGUUCUUGUUGAUGGGAAGGUUAGGACAGACAAGACAUACCCUUCUGGUUUCAUGGAUGUUGUAUCCAUUCCCAAGACAAAUGAGAACUUCCGUCUCCUAUAUGACACAAAGGGCCGAUUCAGACUCCACUCAAUUAGGGAUGAGGAGGCAAAGUUUAAGCUUUGCAAGGUCAAGGGUGUCCAGUUUGGGCAGAAAGGCAUACCAUAUCUGAACACCUAUGAUGGGAGGACUAUCCGCUACCCAGAUCCUCUCAUCAAGGCAAAUGACACCGUUAAACUUGACUUAGAAAGCAACAAGAUUGUUGAUUUCAUCAAGUUUGAUGUUGGGAAUGUUGUCAUGGUGACUGGGGGAAGGAACAGAGGCCGAGUUGGAGUCAUCAAGAGCAGGGAGAAGCAUAAGGGGACCUUUGAAACCAUCCACGUACAGGAUGCUACCGGUCAUGAAUUUGCAACUCGUUUGGGCAAUGUCUUUACCAUUGGAAAGGGGACAAAGCCCUGGGUGACCCUACCUAAAGGAAAGGGUAUCAAAUUGUCCAUCAUUGAGGAGGCCAAGAAGAGGCUUGCAGCCCAAGCAUCAGCAACUGCAUGAUUUAUGUGACAAAAUUUCUGAGAAUAUUAUAAGUCUUUUAAUUUGCAUUUGGGUACUAUUAAUUUGCUCUCAUAGGAUUUGUUCUAGAGAUGUGUUGUUUCAUUUUGAACUAAUUUUUGUUGCAAUUUUGGUUUAAACUGUGUUAUUUUCGGGGAUAUGGGAGGCAAAUCAGACCGUUGCUCAUUUUUUCGUCA